GCUUGUUUGGAUGGAGGGAGAAGUAACUUGCGCGAGGUUGCGUCUCCAGGACGAUCGAUCGGUGUACGCGAGGGUGCAAUGGACGCCGGGCGCCUUCACGCUGGAUGUUUCGGAUGGAUUCCAGGCAUGGAGCUGUUCGCCAUCCCGCGACAUGAUCGAGGACCGGGCUAGCCAGUGGGAUCAAUCCGUGGCCGAUUAUCUCCGAGACGUGAGGAGCCGAUUGAGCGAGCACCAAGCUUCGUCCGUGUAUAAGCUUGAGACUCCCUCAAGUAAUGAAGCAAAAUUGUCUUGGACGAUCCAGAGAGCUGGAACCACGUUGGAAUCGCGCUGGAAGCUGAUAAAAUCAGCGGAUUCCAAAGCGAUAAAUUGCCAGAUUCUAGACUUUGUUCUAGAGGCAGACACGAAGAUAAGAGAGGAGCUCAAGAACAAGACGAGACUAUUUAACAGCAUGAAAGCCGAGGUUGAUAAAUAUCUGGAGCAAAACAAGAGACUCGUUCAAGAAAAGAACCAAUCCGAGGAGGAGCUUAUUCGCAAAUUUGUGGCCUUGCUCAAUUCAAAGAAAGCCAAGCUUCGCGAGCUCCAAUUGGCCGUUCCUACACCGUCUAGACGAUCAAGCAGCGGAGACGAUGACGAAGAAGAAGAGGCUACCGACAGAGAAGACAAUGGUGACGAAGAGGAUGAUGAUCAAUCCUCCAUUAGAAUGGCGGCAUCUCCCUCUCAACAAAGUAUCUCCCCCAAACUCAAGCAACGAGAGAUCGUUCCCGAGAGUCCCAUUGCUCCGGAGAGUCCAUCCACAGCAACGAGCUUGAAGCAAACUCCAAGAGACGAUAGUUUGAUGCUACGAAGCUCAUCGAACUAUACCAGUAUUCCUCGAAAAAGGAAGCUUUUAUAGUUCUAAUACCUUAAACUCUGUAUAUAUGUUAUAUAUUAAUUGAUUAAACCCUUAUAGCGA